AUGGUUGACCAAGACUCUUAUCUCCACCGAGGCGACGGAGUUAGACUCGAUGUUGUCGUCGUAGGCGCAGGUCUAGGUGGUCUCCUGGCCGCCAUCGGUCUCGCCCUCGAUAAUCAUAGGGUCACAAUUCUUGAGCAGGCCACUAGCUUUGGUGAAGUUGGUGCAGGCAUGCGCAUCCCACCCAACUGCUUCAAGAUCCUUCGCCGAUGGGGUGUUGACAUUACGUAUCUCAAAAAGACGUACUCGAACGGCAAUCGAUUCCUCCGAUACGAUGAUGGGAGUACAUUGGCCGACAUGCCCCAUGGUGUCCCUGAACUGGACUUUGGGGGUAGCUAUUUGAUGGUUCAUCGAGCGGACUACCACUCCGUGUUGCUAGACAGAGCGCGAGCUCUCGGAGUUGUGAUCCGGGGUGGACACCGAGUGGAGGAGUACGACUGGAACACACCCGCUGCAAUUGUGCAGGGAGGGCUGAGGGUCCCAGCCGACCUUAUUGUGAUCGCGGAUGGUGUUCAAAGCAGUGCAAGGGCAGCUUUUCAAGGCCACGAAUUGCCACCCACCGAUACAGGCGAUAUUGUGUACCGCAUUCUUAUCCCGGGCCAAGACCUCCUCUCCGACCCCGAUAUGCGUGAUCUCAUCUCGCAGCCUUGGGUAACAUCGUGGUGUGGCCCCGACGCGCAUGUCAUCGGGUAUCCCGUGAGAGGCGGAGAGGUCUACAACGUUGUCUUUUGCUGCUCCGAGAAAUCGAUGCAAGACCGCCCUUUUCAACCAGGCGAGAACAAGCUGGUCAUCUCUGACAACUCAGAGUUAAGACGGCGCUUUUCCGACUGGGAGCCCAGAGUGAAGAAGCUCAUUGAGCACUCCGGAAAGGAGUUUCUCAAAUGGCGUCUCUACGAUUUAGAUCUUGUAGACAACUGGGUAUAUCCCACUGGCAAGGCAGUGCUACUCGGUGAUGCCGUACACCCCAUGCUACCAUAUAUGUCCUCUGGGGCUGCCAUGGCCUGCGAGGAUGCGGCAGUUCUCCGUAAGGUACUAUCUACGGCUACUAAAGAUUCUCUCCAGACCGCCCUCCAGAAAUACCAGUCACUGCGACAACCUAGGGCAUCUAAGGUUCAGAAGGCGGGGAGAGUACUCCAAGAGGCAUACCAUUUGCCAGAUGGCGAGGCGCAGCGUGAUAGGGAUAUUUGGAUAUUAAAGGAUGAUGAAAGGAACCCAAUUUACUGGGGCCAUAAAGCUAGAAGACAAUGGCUGUUUGGUCAUGACGCAGAGGACUUUUGA